AUGGGUACUACCACUACCCUCAACCAGUCUAACAACAACCGCCGACCCCUUUCAUUCCUCCACCUCCCUCCCGAAAUCCGGCACGAAAUUUAUACCCUGGCACUAAGCUGGCCAAACCUCCGUGUUCCUUUCGCCCGCCUCCGCUAUGAAUGCGAAAUGGCAGAAGCAAUCUGGUUCACCUAUAGGCCUCGCAUUUGGCCCGCUUACUUACCGCGUACCAGGUGCUCCUACUCCUAUCCCAAGAGCGCCCUUCCGCCACCUCACAUUCCCAAAUCAGACUAUAUCACUCCCACUGUCUUCCUCCUGUGUAGGCAGAUAACCUAUGAAGCAUUGCCAGUGCUGCAUGCUCAGGAACUAGUGAUCGACGAACCACCACCUUACUCAAUGGCACUGGGGCGACCGGUGGAUAUCUCGAUGUUCAUCUCAAAAGGUGCCCUGCAGCAGGCUAGACGGGUGGUGUUAAAGAUUGACAUUGCAAGUUUGGCCAGUAGGUGGGCGCGGACGGUUGAUACGUUGUUGGAUAUCUGGUAUGCGGGCAAUCGUUUGGAGGAGUUGAGGGUUGUGGCUUUGGGAGACUUUACCAGGAGAAGGUCGAUUAUUGUUGGUGAGGAAGGGAUGCGACUGAUUGUUUUGAAAAUGUUUGAGAAGUUGAGGAUUUUUGGCGACGAUUAUCCUUCAGGUAUCAAGGUUCUAUUUGAGGGUUAUAGUCCUUCACCUCCGGUUAACUAG